GGUCGGAUAACGCACUAAAAUGUACUGCUACAAUCAACAUCACCUGUCUUUUCCUAUCUAAAUUAAGCAUGCAUAUACAAGUAUGUGUAUAUCCUUUUAUUUAUUUACAUCCAACUUUACAUACAAAGAGCAACGUCAGGACUAACAUUUUUAAAGUAUUUAGCUAUUCGAACUUAGGUACGAAAAGCAUUAAUGGAAGCAUAAAUUCUAUAAGAUUUAAAAAAUAUACGCAAGUGACCAGAACUUAAAUUGAUGUGCAAUAUUUCUGAACUCAUCUGCAGACCCAUGAAACAUGUCGACGGACCGAAAUAAGACGUUGCCAGACGUUUGCUGCACGUGUACGGUAUUACAGCAGAGUAUCCCUAAUAAAGACAUCAGAGUGCGCGCGUGUAACACGAUUUGUUCGUUAAAUGAAAAUGUACCGUCGGCGCAAACUAUUCCAACGCACUCCAGGAUAAGCGAUUAUCAUCUUACCAAUGGACUUCCGGUGAAGAAGAAGAAGAGGGCCAUGUUGAGGUCCCGUGAUAGUUUCUAUAGUCAUCAAAGACGAUUCAGCGCCAAUGAAGAGACAAAGACGACUGAUAGAGGGUCUAUCGUAUCAAGACUGUCAGUUGUUAUUAUUGCUCUAAUUGCUGGUCUUUGCUGCGUCGUGUCGUUUGCUGCGCUUAUUCUCCAAAUUCUUUAGCAGUCGGUAAUAACAAAACUACAAACGACAACGGAAAACUUGCGCAUUGCGGUUACGCAGUCAGAGGAGAACAACAGACUGUGUCUUUCGUGAGUAGAACUUUCCUUAGAACCAUUGUCGGCGGACAUACCUGAACUAAAUGGUCUGACGAAACACGAUGAGAAAGGACAAACCAUGUGUUGUGCGAAAUCGGUGACGCAGAUUUCUGUUCUCCUACAUUUGUUUGCAAAGAGAAAACAGAUGAAAAGAUGCUCUACAGAGACGAAGUCGUAUAAAAUGUGUAACAAAUUCGGUACAGCUGGUUCCCCGUCCAUUCCCGCCAAUGGCAACUCAUUCCGCAACAUAUCAGCGCACCUGCAGGCCGGGACACAGCCGGCACAUACAGGGUCUGAUUCACAAAUCCGGAACUGGAGUUUUGGCCCUGACUCACCCGGGACUCACCUGACCAACAUACAACUCUCACCCGACAACCGUUUUCUCGUCAUUCCGCAGUCCGGCCGCUACUUUCUGUACAGCCAGGUCGGCAUUCUCAUAUACUACAACCCGGAAGCGCCUCUAGAGUUGCAGAGUCCCUCUCAGUCUUUGAUCCAUGCCGUAUACCGGUUAAGUAUGAUAUACCCUACUGGUCACGAGGAACUGCUGCGGAGUGACGUCACUCAAUGUUGGGAACAGAAAAAAGACUACGGGCGCUACACGAGCUACGUCGGCGCAUCUGUCCAACUCAAUAAGGGUGAUUUAGUCUACGAUAAAGUUUCCAAAAUAGAAUUCCUUUCUAAAAGUGAUUUCGGCGUAACGUAUUUUUGAUUGUUCAAACUCGGUUGACAAUAAAAUAAACAUGUUAAGCAGUGUUACAAGGUUCAUGGGCAUGUCUGUUUGUAUAUGCGUUUUGAACUUACCUUCCGAACAAGUAGACAUCAUACGUUUGAACGACGCAAACGUAUUACCAGGCAUAUGUCUAAAACAUGUACUGUGUACCCCAGACAUGUGAACAAUAAAACAUAAACUAGUAAUGGCAAAUGGCCUUUAGUGACAAAUAAAUAUGCAAUGGUACAUUAAGCGACCAAUAAAAUAUGUCUUUCAUGUGUAAAGAUAGCGGCCGAUCCAGAAGAAAUGAUACAGUGACCGAUGAAACUUACAUUUUAAGCAUGUACAUGACGAUAGCUCUUAUAUAUGUUGCACAUUCAAUGACCUGUCCACCAUGACAAUGACCAGUGAAACAGCAAUUUUAAUGUUGAACAUCGCGUAUGUUUUAGUAGACAGUGCACAUGCGGCGGCAUAUGAUUUAAGAUGAUUUUAUUCAAAAAAUGUUUCCAUUUGUUGGCAUUCUAGUUGUAUCAUGUAAAUACACAA